AUGUUUAGGUUCCGUUUGGGAUUCAUUUCCCGCCGAGCUAAACAGCGUCGGAAGCCAGCCAAGCCGGGAGAAAAGAAGCGGGACGGCCUGGCAGCUGAUCGGGGCUGCCCAUCUCGCGUCUGGAUCCGGAUGGGACUCCCGACGGCCCGGAUGGAGCUUUUGUCCGCGGCGGCCCUCAUGUUGCUGGGGGCUGGAUGUGCAAGCUCCUCUUCCCAUUCAUUGCGCAUUUUCUACACGCUGUUCAUGGGCUCCAGCCAGGAUGGGGUCCAGUACAUUAUGGUGGCGUAUGUGGACGACCAGCUGGCUGCACGCUUUGACCCCCCCACCAGAAAAAUGCUGCCCCAAGUGCCCUGGCUUCUUAAUCUGAGUGAGGAAGACUCCCGUCUCUGGGAAUCCCUAUCUUGGUUAGUGAACAUCACGGAGCGGGGGUUGAAGAAUGAACUCACCAUCCUGUACAACUAUCACAACUCCAGCAAAGGGUUCCACAGUUGGCAGAACCUGAUUCGCUGCGAGCUGAGCGACAAAGGCCACAAGGGGGGCGUUUAUCAGUAUGGCUACGAUGGGAAGGACUUCAUCAGCCUGGACCAGGAGACUCUCACCUGGAUCGCAUGGGAUGUCCACGCUCAGGUGACCAAGAGGAGAUGGGAAAACGAGCGUUUGAUCACUCAGAUCAAGAAUCACUGUUUGGAGAAAAAAUGCAUCGAGCUGCUCCAGAAGUGCGUGACGUACGGAAAGGAAUCCCUGCUGAGGAAAGGUGAGGAAGGAAGCUGGGAGCCAA